UAAACUAAGCAAUAAUGGAAUUUAAAAACAUAAAAAUAAUUAUAAUUAUUUAUAUAAUAAUAUAUAAAUGACAACAACAAUUAACUAUGUGUUUUAGGUUGAUCAAAAUACCACUAAUUCUUUUUUUAGUAAAUAGAGGCGAUGAAAAUUGAGUCUCACAAUGAUCAUUACGUAUGCGUUAUUCUAUUUAUUUCACUAUCACGUACGUACGCGUAUUUGUGUAAUUUAUGUACACAAGUACAAACUUAGAGACGACGUUAAACGGUACUCCUCUGACGUCAUCGGAAUAUCGCUGCCGGUUGAAAUACUAGUGUUUGUUUAUGUAAUAAUUAUUUUGUGUAUUUCUUAUAGGUUUGACACUAAUUUUGAUCAUAAACACAUAAUGAUGUAAUGUUCCUUCAUGGUCAUCGUCAUCAUACUAUCCACCUUUAUUCGAAUCGGCGUUGAAAUAUUUGAGAGAAACUUUGGAAUGGGAAACACAGUUAACCGUUGAUCAAGCAAACGUGCUUCCGGAAUACGAUUUUAUCAUUGUCUGUAUCGGGAGCGCCGGAUCAGUAGUGACGAAGAGUAAUGCUACCCAAGAGUCGCGGUUGAAGUAUGGCUGAGGGACGCGAACCCGUUUCAUCAUCUAUUAAUCGACCCUAACUAUUUUGCCGACGAGACCGAUCUGGACGUGUUGGUGGCUGGAGUCCGAUUAUUCCAACGGAUAUUGCGCACCGGUCGGAUGAAAUUAAUCGGCGCCAAGAUCCUGAACACUCCGUUGCCUGGGUGCAAGCAACACGUGUUCGACACGGACGCUUACUGGAAGUGUUCCGCCCGACAGAUAUCGUACACGAUCUAUCACCUGUCCGGCACUUGCAAGAUAGGACUGGCCUCUGAUUCUACGGCAGUCGUCGAUCCGAGAUUACGUGUGCACGGCGUCCGCGGUUUGAGAGUGGUAGACGCAUCGAUUAUGCCGGAAAUACCGGCGGCUCACACCAACGCACCGACGAUUAUGAUCGCGGAAAAAGCAUCGGACAUGAUCAAAGAGGACUGGGACGUACAAACGCUGUAA